CUUUGUCAUUUUAAAUUUCACUAAAAUGGAAUUAGAAUUGGUAUAGAGGAUGAGAAGAAAUUAUUGUAAACAAAGACAAAGUAAUUCUUAUAUUCCCCCACCCCACAUUAGGAACCUUGGGUAACGUGGAACAUGGGAACCAAUAUCAGAUCACACUAAUGUAUGAACAUAAUCUUCAGCGAACAGCCUGCAAUAUGACUUAUGGAUCAUUUGGUGGUGUCAAAGAGUGAAAGAAAAUGUCUUUAUUUAAAGCCCGUGAUUGGUGGUCUACUGUUCUGGGAGAAAAAGAAGAAUUUGAUCAAGGCUGUUUGUGUUUGGCUGAUGUUGACAACAGUGGAAAUGGACAAGGAGAUGAAGCCCAAGCUGAAGAUUUGCUUCUAGAAGUGCAUCUACGAGAUCCAAUACUUCAAGUGGAAGUAGGAAAGUUUGUUUCGUCUUGCUGUGUAGCCCAGUGUCCUGGCCUGGAAUUUGCUGUGUAG